AUGGGCAGCUACAGUGACCGGGAUUCUAUUGCAAUACUAUCGGUCCCAGUUGCAGAAAUGGAUUUAGCGACGUUUCUAGAUCUGCCCCAUUUAUUAGAACCUCAGAUUCAGGUCUUGAACUCUAGCUUGGGAUGUCCCAGCGCUGCUCUGCUGUAUUUGCACGAGAAGAAGAUACGGCACGAAGAUCUCAAGCCCCAGAAUGUUCUGAUACUCGGCAACAACGUCCUACUCACAGAUUUCGGCUUCAGAUCCGUGGAGACAUGCCUGCCACUGUCUGAGCGUAUGAGGGGAAAGUUCUUCAGCUUGAUACCCUUUAAGCUGCUUUAA